ACGUAAAAAAAAGUUAAACCCGGCUGAGUCAUAGCCCGGCGACGGUGAAAAUCUUCCACGGUGUCCGCGAUAUCAUUCGCGCACACAGUAACAGAACCUCAGAUCAAACAACAACACACACACAGCCAGCCGAAAGAACCGGCCCCGCGGUUAGUGAUAACACGGUGGAGGCAGAACCGAGAGGUCGGACGCACGACGGCACACAGCUACAUCAUCAUCAUCAGAGAGUUCGCCAGUCUUGUCAAGCAAUUCGCCGGGAUCGGAUCGUCGUGGUAUCCUCUCGUAUGUUCAUUCGCUGCUGCUGCUGCUGCGGUCACAAAGUGUUCUUAUCAGUCUUCACCGUGUGUGCCUUCCCGUCGCCCGUGUGGGUACGGAAAAUGUAAUCUAAUCACUACUGGCGAGCCCGAGAGUUCCGUAUCAGUUUGCCAAGCUGAAACCUUUGCCUCUUAUCAGUCGUCGUUCAUCUGGGUGGAGAGCAGGUUUCGGGGCUUGAAUUGGUCAAAGUGAUCUUCUCUGUUGAGUGGUAGCGGCACUUAACGGUUCCAGAGGACAGUGACUUUGACGGAUAGGAGGAAUUCGGAUACAGAGCUAAAUAUAACCCAAGGACAAGGCCCCAAUGUUGAAGACGGCACAUUUUGGACGGACGAUCGCAGGCUGCAAAAAUGUCCUCCAACAGGUCGGCGGUGGCGCCCGCCGCCCGUUUGGCACAAAUCCCAAAACGAAGCUGCGGCGCGUUCUGGUCGUGUCGAAGCUGACGCGGCUCGAGUUCGAGAAGAACCGCGACCAGUCGGCGACCUCGCUGAGCGAUGCGAAGCUGGAGCAGAAAAUCCGCGACCGCGGCUCGGAUUACGACGCCAUGAAGUACUACCACCACCUGCACAAGGACGUCGAGGAGGACGUGAUCCGGUGCUUUCGGGAGCAGGGCAUUGAGGUGCGGGUCGUGAAUCGGUUGACGAUCAACAAGGAGUUGCUGCGGUGGGCGGAUGUGCUGGUUCCGGUUGGGGGUGACGGGACGUUCUUGCUGGCGGCUGGGCGGGCGAGUCCGUUUAUGUUGGACGAACCGCGGAAGAUUCCGGUGGUGGGGUUCAAUUCGGAUCCGCGGAGGUCCGAGGGCAGGUUGAUGCUGCCCAAGCACUACUCGGCGAAUGUGGGCGAAGCGGUGAAGCGGAUUUUGGCGGGUGAUUUCAGCUGGAUGCACCGGUCCAGGAUUAGGAUUACGCUGGUUGGGGCAGCUACAACGGAACGACCUCCGCCGAUCGAUCUGCACGAGUACAACGUAUCUCCGGUGGAGCACAAAGAGAUUGUGGGAUUGAAUGGGAACGAUCAACCGCAGAGCAGCAGCCGCAUUCUGCCGUAUUUGGCACUGAAUGAGGUCUUCAUCGGAGAAAUGGUCUCGGCGCGGGUGUCACACCUGCACCUCCGGAUCGACAAGUCGGACGUUGUGACGAAAACGAAGAGUUCCGGACUAUGCGUCAGCACCGGAACCGGCUCGACCUCGUGGCUGACCAGCAUGAACCGGCUGUCGACGGACAACGUGCGCGACCUGGUCGAAAUCAUCCGGCGGCGGACAAACCACGCGACGGCGCUGGCCGGCCUCGAUCCGGAGGCCAUUUCCGACGAGUACAACCAGCAGCUGGUGUUUCCCCCGGACGAUCCGCGCCUGUGCUACUCGAUUCGGGAGCAAAUCUGCGUCGGCGUUUGGCCCAACCCGAAGGGACUGGAAUCGCGUGGGUUCGCCAAGCAAAUCUCGGUCCGGUCCCGGUGCAUCGAUGCAAGCUUAGUGAUAGACGGCAGUAUUGCGUACAAUUUCAAUGACGGGGCAAAGGCGUCCCUGGCGGUUUACCCCGAGGACGCGCUGCUGACCAUCGAAAUGAACUGAAAGAAAGCUUUGGCAAACGAGUUUUAAUUUUUUAUUUGGCAGAACACAAGGAGUCCUCUCGCGAGGUGGCCGCUUUAGCUAAAAUUUUAUACUAAAGUAAUGUUCCAAAUUUCUAAGUUAUUUUCUAGGAUAUUUUUUAAUUGAGUUUAGAGGUAGAAAGAGGGGAAGUGUGCAUUUAUAACGCGUCAGACGAUGAUAUAGAACAAAGUGCUGUUAAUAAAUGUUUAUCGAAAAAUGA